GUAGACCUAAAACUAACAACAAACAGCUUGAGACAGACAGGAAAAGUGUUCUUCACAGCAACCAUGAUGAUUAGAGGUGGUCGAAGCUUGGUGUCUUCACCUCCUGUCUUCUCUAACGACGCCAAUAAACUCCUCGUCUGCACCUCCAAUACCGUCUCCGUCUUCAGCACCGCCACCGGACUCCAGAUAUCCUCACUCGAGGGUCACACGGCGCUCGUCACCUCGGUCUUAGUGGUGCCGCCGUCGAGUCCAGCCGCCAAGGUUUUGUGUUAUUGUUGGACCGCCUCUCUUGAUGGCACUAUUCGUUAUUGGGAUUUUUCUGUGCCCGAGCUAAUGAAGACUAUCGACAUUCGAGUGCCAAUCUUCUCCAUGGUCAUUCCAUCUUUCCUUGACGUUCCUGCUGAGGAUAAGGGAAAGCAUCGGAACCUUUUUGCAUAUGUAUCUACCAUAGAUACAAAGGAAACACAAGAUAAGUCCAAAGCCUCGAGAAGACAGAUCCGGAAGUGUAACUUGAGCAAGUCAUGUUUAGUUGGUAGAUUGAUUUUGGGAGAGACGAAAAAGCCAGAGGUUUUAACCGUUAGUCCAUCAGGAAAAUUCUUUGGCAUCUGCAAUAAGUGCAAGCUCCAUAUAUGGAAGGUUCCUGAUCAGGGGUCUGAGCAUGCAGCAGUUAGGAAGAUAACAUUACACCAUACCAAGAAGAUUACUGUUAUUACAUUCCAUCCAACUCAGAGAAUUAUAGCCUCAGGGGAUGUGACAGGGAGAAUUUUAACUUGGAGGGGAUUUGGUAAUAGGGCCUUUUCUGGAGACAAUGGAGUAGAUAACCAAAAGUUGAUAAAUGUUCAAGAGGACAAACCUGGGGUCAGGGAUAUUGAUGAUGCUGAUUUAUGCUCUACAUGGCAUUGGCACUCUGCUGAAGUCAAUGUCCUCUCUUUCUCUUUAGAUGGUGCAUACUUGUAUUCAGGUGGAAAGGAAGGAGUGCUUGUUGUUUGGCAAAUAGACACUGGGAAGAAGAAAUUUCUACCACGAAUUGGUUCUCCUCUGCUGUAUUUUAUUGAUUCUCCUGACCCUACCCUUUCUUCUAUAUCAUGUGCAGAUAAUCAAAUUCAUCUACUGAAAAUGCCUUCAAUGGGAAUUUUGAAGACUAUUUCGGGGAUAAAGGCUCCAUGUUGUUAUCCUGAGAUGUAUGAAGGCUUGGGUAAUGGGAUUGCUUUUGAUCAGACUGCUGGAUUGGUUGCCUUACGCACAGAGAACUAUUGCAUCCAAUUUUACAGCCUAUUCGAUGAUCGUGGAAUUUCUGAGGUUCAAGUUUGUGAGAGAAACCAUCAACCAGGCGAUGAUGUCACGGUUAUAGUGACUGCAGUGGCUCUCUCUGUUGAUGGUUCUCUGAUGAGCACUUCUGAAGUGAAGCUUGCUGAAGAGGGCAUAGGUGGUCUAGUCUGCCUCAAGUUUUGGCAAGCAGGGUCUCAAAACAAAGAGUUUAGCUUGUCAACAAUUGUUUAUGAACCACACAGGGAUGCGAGCAUUUCUGCUGUGACAUUCCAUCCUUCUGGCAAUAUGGUGGUUAGUUCAUCCUUUGGUGGUGACUUCAAGGUUUGGAGGUGCAACAAUGACAGUUUACAAAGUGAUCAAAUGCGUCAGACUUUUAGCUGGACUUGCCAUGCUGUUGGUUCUUAUAAAAAAAAGCCAAUGACAGCUGCUGCAUUUUCUGCUGAUGGUUCUGUUCUUGCUGUUGCAGCUGAAACCCUUAUUACAUUAUGGAACCCAUACAAGAAUGUGCUCUUGGCUGUACUUGGAGAAACUCUCACACCAAUUGUGAAUCUAUCAUUCAUUGGGAAGUCAGAUAAUCUUGUAGCUGCAUCAUGUGGUUCAAAUCCACAACUUUCUGUCUGGAGCAUGUCAAAGUUAUCUCUUUCAUGGUCAUAUAAGCUUCGUAUAGAAGCUGUAGCUUCUGCAGUUGACUUGUCUUCCUUUGCUGCUCUAGUUCUUCUUCCUGAAUCAUCUAAUGAAACAACUUUUAAAGGAAGGGAUGGUGUAAUCUUAUUAUACAAUGCAACCGAUCCUGUUCCUACUGCAGUUUGGUCUGUAAGGAAGGCCAAGGGUGGGGCUCUUGGUUUUCUUCAAGUAAAUCCAUCUUUUGUUGAAGAGAUCAGCAUAGAUGGUAAAACUCCUGAGGUGUUGCUUGCAUAUAUGAAUGGUGAUCACGAAUAUGUUGUUUUUGAUCCAUUCUGCAAAGAUGCUAAGGAGGUUAACAUGAGCCAGAAGGUGAGCCAUUCUGCCCUUGAAGUCAAAGGACUAGGCGGGCAGUAUGGGUAUGUAUCCAUCUAUGGAGAGUUGCCGGAGUUCGACAAGAAGAGACCCGAGACUCCCUGUGUUCCAUCAUUUCCAUCUGAGAGACCUUGGGAAACCAUAUUCAGUGGAUCAUCUCAUAGUCUUCCACCCCUCACCAAACUGUGCUCAUCUUUCCUCGAGUCUUUAUUGGAGAAGAGAACAGUUACUGUUGAGUGACUGUAUUGUGUACCACCCUUUCCUGGUGAUAAAUGCAAGCAGUGUGUCAAUUUUGCGUCAAGAGAACCGGGACAUUAUCCCCCCCUCCUCGAACAUCACUAAUGGAGAAAGCUAUAUUGAUGGAAGUAUAUACGCCAAAUAUCGAAACCUGAGUUUGAGAUAAGUACGAGCUGCAUGCUGCAACGACAGUCAAUAACAAUUUUUGUAUGUUUAUUAUGGGUUCACGUCUUCAUUUAUAUAUGCUUACCUAUGUAUCAAGUGAAUAUGCAUUUUAAAAAAGCGACACAAUUUCUUU